AUGAGCGCCAAGUUCAAUACCAUAUUAGACCUAUACACCAUUGACAAGGAUAUAAGGUGUAACAUCUGGGCUUCACCAGAGUCAACCCCAGACAUAACUAAGUGGCAGCAGUUCCUCACACACUAUGUAAAGGUGAUUACUGCAGGUGCCCCUGAGGACAUCCCAAAGGAGUGCUAUCCACAGUUUAUAGAUUGGAUAGAGCUGCUGACAACACACCGCUUCCACAGGCUAUGGAAUCAGCAGAAGAAGUUUAGUGAAGCACUGAAGGUGUACCACAUACUCUACAACACUCUACCCAACAAACUGGUGCUCUGCUCUUGUCGCCUGAUGCUGUUUCAAAGCAUUUUAUCGCAGCUUUUGGCAGACCUGAAUGCCAUAGGCCUUCCAAUAACUAUAACCGUCAGUCCAUACUAUAAGUAUAUCUACGACGAAACACAAACUUUUAAUAAUCAAAUACUCUACUUGAUAACACGAAACAAUAAAUAUUCAGCUAAAACCUCUAAAUUGUUAUUUCAUCCGUGCCUAAAUGUACGCGCUAUUUUAUCCUCUAGCCCACUCAAGUCUGCUUCCCCUCUUAUCCUCGUGGUUGGCCCUCAACUGAUAAAGAGGCUUCUAUCUCCAACACUCUAUUCCAUAUUUUCCAAACAGCAUUCUGUUAACUUCAAUCAAUAUGAUCUCAAACAUGCUCGACGUCUCCUCAAACAAGCCCUUACUCGCAGUAUAGAACUACAGCUAGAUGAUCACGAGACAUUCUUCUGCUUAGCGAAGACAUUGGAUACUGCAAGGCACAUUCUUCCUAUAGAAUGCCUGAUGAUUAAGAUUGGAUUCAUUCCCGAAACACAACGGGCCAUAUAUACGUAUAAGCAGCCCAUCGAAGUGGAUGGUAGGACGCUUGUCAAUGCUCCAGACACAGUUUUCCUUUCGUUGACGGAGAUGCUCAUUCGGGAUGCACAUACACAUCCUGCGAUUUUCUGUUGGAUUGCACGAGUCAUCAAUAUGGUUCUGGACACUCCUCCAAUGCUACUUGCAGCAACAGAAGAAAUAAGAGUCAGUAACCUCAGGACGAUUCCAAUGGUUUGCCACUUUUUUACUCACCAAAAUAAGAACACCCUUAAUUUAAACUCCAUCUGCUUCGUGGCUGAGAAACGCCGCGGUCUGAGCUCUCAAGGGAUUUGCAACGAGUUCAAGUCAAGAGAUAGUUCUAAACUAUUUUGCGAUCAAUCUAUCUACAGACUGCAUCUAACCAAUAGUCUCCCCUACGCCACCAUCAUCAAAUACUCUGCUGCAUUUACUAAGGCUUACUUAUACCUCCGCCUAAUUGACGGCUGCGCUCUCGACGACAUCUCAUUCAAUGACAUUGACGAUCUCUACGCCACUGUUGACAAUCCUGAAGAGUUUUACUCACGGAUUGCCACUGAGCAGUACACCCCAGAGAAGUUCAUAAGCUUAGUUAAACAACGGCAUCCACAGGUUGAAUUCACCAAAAUAAACAGACUCUUCAUCAGUAUAGAGCUUCAGUUAAUCAGAGGCAUCAGCCAAGCACAGGGACUAUCAGAGGAGCAGUUCCUCAAAGGCACAGUAUCAGAAGAACAAGCCACAAAUAUGUCAAGAGAAUACGUCAGCUUGGAAGACCCGAUAAGCAGAGCCAGAAUCAGGAUCCCAGUGCGAGGAUGCACCUGUAAGCACCCGGCUUGCUUUGAUCUGGAGACGUUUGUUACUUAUGCUUGUGAAACAGACAAGUGGAAUUGUCCAAUAUGUGCAGAAACAAUCGGCUUGAGUACAAUGUACAUUGAUGCAUAUCAAUACUCGAUUCUUAAUUACUUGAAAAUUUCUGGAUGCUCAGAUAGAAAGAUACCUAUUGACUCUGUGACACAAAUGCCUGUCUUUCCAAAAGCAAAAGUAGAAAAAAGCGAAAGUAGUAUCCUCUCGGAUUGGGCGGACGAGUAG